AUGGCGCCCCCACUCUCCUUCACAGCAGUCCUUCAUUCAACGCUCCUGCUCUUCGCCACAACGACGAAUGCUGACCCAAUCUCUGCACCAUAUCAUCUCAUUCGGUCCUUUACUACACCUCUCAACAUCUUUCGGUCUUUUACUCCUAGCCGCGAUGGGUUAGUUUCGCGGGCACCGAUUGUGCUGCCUUCUGGAUGGAUCGCGCGCGCGUGUGUUCGCGAGCCAUCAACGGGACGGACGCUGACGGGCUAUUCCUUCACGUCAUCCUCGAUGACCGCCACUUCCUGCGUGGCGCAAUGCGACUCUCGAGGCUUCAGAUAUGCAGGCGCGGAAUUUGGAUCCGAAUGCUAUUGUGGCGACUCGUUCGAGGGCGGGGCCACUGGCGGAGGGACCAUCGCGUCAGGUGAAUGCAACAUGAGUUGUGCUGGCGACGCGACACAAACUUGUGGCGACGGCAAUCGCUUGACGACCUAUGAACGCAGGUCGAAUACUACCGUCGCUCCUGUGCUGCCUACUGGUUGGAACUACACCGGUUGUAUCACAGAGCCUUCAAGCGGCCGCACACUGGCAAAUUAUUCCUUUGUCGACGGCACUAUGACAAUUGACAAAUGUGUUGCAACUUGUAACAGUCGAGGCUUCCAUAUCGCAGGAGCCGAGUAUUCAAAUGAGUGCUGGUGUGGCGAUAGCUUCCAGGGUACUGCAUUGGGAGGGGGAGUUGCAGUACCUCCCAGCGAAUGCAACAUGCCUUGUGCAGGCGAAUCGACUCAGACAUGUGGAGCUGGGUAUAGACUAUCAGCCUAUUCAUAUACUCAACCAAACACUCCACCGAGUGGUCCAACGCUUCCUACUGGUUGGGCAUAUGUUUCAUGUAUGCAAGAGCCAUCAGGUGGUCGGCUUCUCGGAGGAUACUCCUUCACAAACAACGGAUUGACGGUAGAAUCAUGUGUCUCAACCUGUCAAAGGCGCGGAUUCAUCUACGCUGGGAUGGAGUUCGCGAACGAGUGCCACUGCGCGACUGGUUAUACCUCUCCACCCGUUACAGCUAGCGAAUCUGAUUGCUCAAUGCCCUGCGCUGGCAAUUCAUCCCAAAAAUGUGGUGCUGGCUUCAGAUUGAAUGUUUAUUCAAGCGAAUCUCAAUCGUCAGGAACGACUGGCCUUAUUCUCCCCCCGUUUUGGCCUAAAAGUUCUCAAUGUAUUGUCGAGGCCUCGACAGGACGAACUCUUUCGGGUACCGCUUGGACAGACGAUGGGAUGACUGUUGAGAAAUGUGUCUCAUUCUGCGACAACACGGGCUUCAAAUAUGCUGGAGUGGAAUAUGGGGCAAGUGUGAAAGAAUGUUAUUGUGACAAUUCCGUCUCCACGGCCAACGGGGGAGGUGUUCUGGCAAGCUCCUCGAGCCAAUGCGACAAGCCAUGCGCCGGCAAUCCUCAACAAAUCUGCGGGGCGGGCUUCAGGAUCUCAUUAUACUCCAAGAGUACUUCCAAUGCCGCUGCUCUGCCCGCAGGCUGGUCGCCGUCAAUGUGUGCCAUCGAUAACGACUCUCGGGUUCUCGUUGGUUUCCAAACUACAGACACUGCCCUCACACCAUCAUCGUGCAUCAACAAGUGUGCAAGCAUGAAUUAUAAUCUCGCUGGCGUCGAAAAUGGCCAGGAAUGUUAUUGUUCCAACAGCCUGACGAAUAAUCCCAUUGGCGCAAGGGAGGAUCAAUGCAACAUUCCAUGCGCUGGAGAUUCAUCACUUAACUGUGGCGGUGGCUGGCGCGUCAUGGUCUAUCAGCGGAACGCUGCGGCACCCUCUGGUCAAAAUGCAUGGAGCCUAACAGCGGGUGGAACGAGCGGAAUUGUCAUGACCCAUGUAGCUGUCGUGAACAAUGAGACGAUAGUGGUGAUCGACCGCAAGGAGAAUAAUCCGCUUAAGAACGCGCAAAAUUCCGCUGCGUGGGGUGCUGUUUGGAGUCUUGUGUCGAACACUGUUCGGGCAUUAAAUAUAGCAACCCAUUCGUUCUGCUCUGCUGGGGGCUUUCUUAGCAAUGGCACUUUCGUUAAUUUCGGGGGUCACCCAUAUACAAAUCGGGAUAAUGAGGCUGCGCCAGAUGGUCAACAAGGCAUCCGUCUAUUCAAUGCGUGUCCAGCGUCAGGCAACUGCGACAUCUACGAAAACGCUGAUCGUAUACGAAUGGGAGAUACCCGUUGGUAUCCUACUUCUGCCCGCCUUCCUGACGGAUCUGCUAUCAUUCUGGGUGGCUCAAAAGUCAGCGAUUGGACGAAUAGGCCUACCAUAAACAGCCCAACUUACGAGUUCUAUCCUGUCAAAAACGUCAGUGGGUCGAAUGGACUCCCCGUUCAGUCGCCAUUCUUUGUUGACACAUUGCCCCAUAACCUUUACCCCCUCGUUUACGCCUUACCCGAUGGAAGCAUAUUUGUCGCCGCGAAUAAUAAAGCCAUGCUUCUCGAUUGGCAUACUAAUACCGAAACCCGACUUCCGAACUUCCCUAAUGGACAACGUGUUGUAUAUCCCUUCAAUGCAGCCGGGGUGUUACUUCCGCUAACUCCCGAGAACAACUACACGCCGGAAAUGGUCAUCUGCGGUGGAUCUCAAAUCUCUGACCAAAUCGAGUCCCAAAACCUGGACGCACAACGUGACUAUGGCUCUGCUCAAUGUUCGCGAAUGGUUCUCAACGCGGCUGGUAUCGCUGGCGGAUGGCAGACAGAAUGGAUGCCUGAACCAAGAUUGAUGUCUGAGGGAGUUCUAUUACCCGACGGCAAAAUAUUGAUCAUCAAUGGAUGCCGAACCGGCGCGGCAGGCUACGGCAAUCUGAAGAACCGCGUCGGUGAUUCUAACGCCGACAAUCCGACCUUAACUCCUCUUUUAUACGACCCCAGCGCGCCAGUUGGACAAAGAAUCACGCGUGAUGGACUGCCCACCAGCAACAUUCCGCGAAUGUAUCACUCUGUUGCAACACUGCUUCCUAGCGGCGCAAUCAUGAUAGGUGGCUCAAACCCCAACGACGAUUUUUCUGCGGCCAAGUAUGCAUCAGAGCUCAGAGUUGAGUAUAUGUAUCCUUCGUAUAUGACAAAGCCACGGCCCACUUUCAGUGGCCUGGCUACUAGUAUCGGUUACAAUACGACUUUCACGUUGAGCGUGACCCUCCCAGCCGGCGCGCAGAAUGUCUACGCUAUCAUCAUGGACUACGGAUUUGUGACCCACUCAGUCCACAUGGAUCAGAAACUGGUGAAACUUGUUAGUGUACGCCAGGGAAACACCCUUGUUGUGACUGGCCCCCCGAGUGCAUUCGUCUACUCUCCUGGCCCGGCGUGGGUUAUGGUCGUCGCUGAUGGUGUUCCAUCGGUUGCGCAGCAAGUUAUGGUGGGUAACGGCGCGGGUCCGCCUGUUGAUCAGGCUGCGAUCGCAUAUAUGCUUGCGUCGACACAGAAUCCUGAUCCGGGUCCACAUUGA